GUAUCGCUAUCAGCAUUCAGCAGUGGCUGUUUCAGUGUUAAUGUGAUAACGAGAGUCUGCACUUCCGCGGUACGACGUUCGAACCAUGGCCAAGUACAUAGUGCAAAUAAUAAUUAUUGGCUCUCAGAUUGUCGGUAAGGCACUGACCAAAGCUCUUAAACAGGAAUACGCCGCAAGCCAGGAAUCUGCUCGUAGGGCUGGCGGAGGACGUGCGGGAGCAGCUCACGCCGCUGCCAAUGCCAAGGCCGGCAUCACAUUAGAGGAAGCCAAACAGAUAUUGAACGUCCAAGAUUUGACACCAGAUGAAAUCCAAAAAAGAUAUGAAUAUUUAUUCAGAAUAAAUGACAAAUCACAAGGUGGUUCAUUUUACCUACAGUCUAAAAUAUACAGAGCUAAAGAACGACUAGAUAAAGAAAUUACCAAUAAAAGUAGUGAAAAAGCGUAAAUAAUAUAGAAUAGAUAUUUAGUCAAUUGUAUCAAAAUAUAUAAUAAACUGCAAAACUGAAAAUGUUAAAGUGUUUUUUUAUAUUAUAUUUGCAAGAUGGUGUACAAAAGCAUUUGUUAUUGCUGUAGAUAUUACAAUUGAGAAUGUAUUUGUGGUAUAAUAUUGAACCUGACUUGGUUUAUAAAAUGAAACCUUACAGUAUUUGGUGUUAAAACCAAAUCAUCAUAUAAAAAACAGGUUUUACAUUUUAGAUUCAUGGGGUAAAUUUAGGAAAAAUGGUUGAUUGUUAAAUUUAACAGAGCAUGAUAAUUUUAUGUUGAGGGGGACAAAAGUUAGCGUUGUAAUUUGAUCAUAGCUUAUAUAAAAACAAAUCAUGUACCUAAUCUAAGUACUGUGAUAUUAACUAGUUAUUAUUAUGUUCUGAAAUAUUUUAUUAAAAACUGUUAAAAGAAUAAUUUAUUGCAUUUUUGAAGUUAAUAACAAACAGAUGUUUACUCCAAUAUUUAAAGUGGAUAAAUAGAUAAGAACAGUUAUUUGUGGGUGACUAAAAGCUAUUUUAAUUUAGUUGAAACAAUACAUUAAUUAGUUCUAAAACAAAUGAGCAUAGUAUUUUUUGUGAUCUGUGAAGUAAGUUAUUGAUUUAACAUUAUUUUUGUAUUAAAGUGUAAAUAAAGAUAUUAUUUGUUUUA